CCGCCCCCUCCGACGUCACGCGCGGGAUUCCUACUUAAGCGCCCGCCGCCUCCUCCUCCCUCGCGGUACUGCAGCGGCAAUCGGAGGGCCCGGUCAUUGCGCGCACGCUUUGCUAGACUUACCCAGAGCUACAAUAUGUCUCUCAAGGAAAAGCUGAUUGAAAAUGUUCACAAAGAGGAACACCCUCAUGCCCACAACAAGAUCACUGUGGUUGGGGUUGGUGCAGUUGGCAUGGCUUGUGCCAUAAGCAUUUUGAUGAAGGAUUUGGCUGAUGAACUUGCCCUCGUUGAUGUCAUGGAGGACAAGCUGAAGGGAGAGAUGUUGGACCUUCAGCAUGGCAGCCUCUUUCUCAGGACACCAAAAAUUGUCUCUGGCAAAGACUAUGCUGUGACUGCACACUCCAAGCUGGUCAUCAUCACCGCUGGAGCCCGCCAGCAAGAAGGCGAGUCUCGCCUCAACUUGGUUCAGCGCAACGUGAACAUCUUCAAAUUCAUCAUUCCCAACAUUGUCAAGUACAGCCCUAACUGCAAGCUGCUUGUUGUUUCAAACCCAGUGGAUAUUCUGACCUAUGUGGCCUGGAAGAUCAGUGGCUUCCCUAAGCACCGUGUGAUUGGAAGCGGUUGCAAUCUGGAUUCUGCCCGUUUCCGCCACCUGAUGGGCGAGAGGCUGGGCAUCCACCCUCUCAGCUGCCAUGGCUGGAUUGUUGGAGAGCACGGAGACUCCAGUGUGCCUGUCUGGAGUGGCGUGAAUGUUGCUGGUGUCUCUUUGAAAACUUUGCAUCCAGAGAUGGGGUCUGAUGGUGACAAGGAGAACUGGAAAGAAGUCCACAAGCAUGUGGUAGAAAGUGCUUAUGAGGUUAUCAAGCUGAAGGGAUACACAUCUUGGGCAAUUGGUCUUUCUGUGGCUGAUCUAGCUGAAACUCUCAUGAAGAAUUUAAGGAGAGUGCAUCCAGUUUCUACAAUGGUGAAGGGCAUGCAUGGAAUUAAAGAUGACGUCUUUCUUAGUGUUCCUUGUGUCCUGGGCUACUCAGGAAUUACAGAUGUGGUGAAAAUGACCCUGAAGAGCGAAGAGGAAGACAAGUUGAGGAAGAGUGCAGAUACACUCUGGGGGAUCCAGAAGGAACUUCAGUUUUAAGCCUGAUGUCCUAUCACUUCACUGCUUAACUAGUGUUUAAUGGGUCUUAGUGGAUUGUCUUGUUGCACUUUUCAGAUAGAUCAACUCCCUUUACGAUGUGUGUCAACUACCAACACAAUGCAGAGCUAAAUUUGCAAAUGAAAUGCCUAUUCUAUCCAGUAGGAAACUUGCAGCUCCUGUUUUCCACAACCCCGGUCUGUGGCAAGAACUGGAUCGUAACCUAGUCUCUUGUUAAGUGGGGUAAAAGUAGAUCCAGCAUGCUCUGAAACAACACUGCCAAAUGGAAGCUUCCUGCCUUUCCUCAGCUAAACUUUAAUCACUCAGAAGAGAAGAGCUCAUUUGGUCUUCCAAAAGCUGUAGAAAACCAAAGAAUAUUUUGUGAUCAAAAAGGAUUGGCAGAUUCACUGACCAAUAUUCUCUGCUUAACAGAUGACUUAACUCCAGUAUUGAGCUGUUCUAAAUGUCCUUUUUCCUUCGUCUUUGUGCAUACUUUUCAAGAGAACCAUAUGUACUCUAGAGGAGUGUCUUAAAUGUUAUGUAAAAAACCUCUGUAUGCAACAAUUACAACUGAUGCAAUUGUCUAACUGUAGUACCAGCCCAAGCAACAAAAUAAACAGUUAACUGCUA